UUCGAACUGUGUGGGAGAUUCGCUGCCAUGGACGCACUUGGAGCAACCCCUGCAGCCGCUCCCUCGGUCGGUCCAUCGCUCGUCUUCCUCACAUAUGGAGUCACGGGGAUGAGCUUGGUCGUGUUUGCCGUCGUAUUUUGGUUGACGCAUGUUGUGUCCCUCCGCCACGUGACGAUCUACAAGGGAUACACCACCGUGGAACGUGCGAAUUGGUGCUCGAGAGUCGGGUCGACAAUGCAUGCCGCAGUGAUCUGCAUCGGAAUCGUGUACAGCUUGACGCAGCAGACAUGGGACUCGUCACUCCGCCCACUGCACUCUGUUGACCUCGCGCGCGCGUUCUUCUCAUGGUCAAUCGCAUACUUUCUUUAUGACCUGGUCGUCGUUGCAUAUUGGCAGAUUCCGCUGUGGAAAGUGUUCACGGCCCAUCACAUCGUCGCCAUGAUUCCUUUUGUGAUCUAUAACUUUUCUGGGAGUUGCCUUGCCGACACCUACCUCUUGAGCAUAUACUUGCUCGUGGAAAUCUGCGUCGUCCCGAUGAACGUCGCUACGUUUCUCGAAGACCUCGGGUAUGCCCACACUCAUGUGCACAUGGGUAUGUCGUUUGCGUCGUAUGGGUUGUGGAUCGUGGCGCGCGGGAUCCUGCCGCUCUACGCGCUGUACAUCCUCUGGGCGGUCAUGAUCCCUUCCUUGACGCUGCAUGACACGACCGACUGGGUGUGUGCUAUGCCUGCGAUCGUGUGCGGCCACGUCAUAUCUGGCUUUUGUGUCGGGUGUCUUAUCUGGAUCAUCACACCGGCCUUCUUUGCCACGCUCAAGGCGAAGGAAUCGUCGUCGUCCACUCAAGUGAGAGUGACAGAGUCGACGCGAUAUGGCACCAUCAACCCCGUGUAGGUUGAAGCCACGUCAGAUAAACAGAGCGACGUCGCCAAGCACACAGCUGACAUCUCGUCGAUCGCAGUCGUGUAAUGAAAGCUUUCCGUAGACA